AUGGAUAGAACCGGAUCAGCAAGCUUUCUGCGACAGCUUGUGUUACAGGCGCAAAUACUGGCCAAUCUACAAUGGCUAUGCGAGUUCCAGGUGUUGGCCUGCAUCCCGCUCGAUGGAGAGGUCGCCUUUGAAGAAGUCGCCGGCAUCAGCAAUGUCCCCGUGGAUCAUCUGCAGCGAGUGGUGCGCCUGAUGACGACCGCAGGCUUCCUUCGAGAGCAAACUAGCGGGCAUGUUUCUCACACUGCGUUGUCAGCCUCCUUUGUCACGGAGCCAGACCUCCUAGACGCAGCGCUAUUCCUCGCUCAAGUUGCGGUACCGGCGGCUUUGAAGAUGUCCCAUACGGCGCACCAGCCCGCUCCGUACAACCAUGACCAGUUGUCAGCCGUGCAUUUCGAUCCUUCUCAGCCCAAGACCCACCGCCAGUUCGCAGCUUAUCUGGCCCACGGGAUUCUCGAUGAACCCUCCGCCAUCGAUGAGGUGCUUAGGCUGAUAGAUUGGGAUGGUAUCGGGGCAGCAACGGUAGUCGAUGUCCACCCUCAGUCGACAGCCACCGUGGCCAAGCUUGCCGCACUGGCACCCGCUCUCCAGUUUGUAAUUCAAACGAGCUCCCCAAAUAACGGCCACUCGGGAUUGAUGGCGGGAUCAGACGGUGGCAUGGGCGGCCCAUCUUGGAUGACUUCGCACCUACCGUCGUCAAUCAGCAGUCGCGUUACGGUGCAGACGCGCCCAGCGGCGGCCUCGCAAACGGUCCUAGGUGCAGCCAUUUACAUUCUCCGGAUUCCUUCACCAUCCUCAGCUCUUUCGUGGGCCACCAUACGCAGCCAGACCAUUUUGGAACUGCAGGCCCAUCUCCAGGUCCUUCGUGCGCAGUCUAGUUCCCGCCUUAUCCUAACUGUCUUGGUAAUUCCCCCGCCCGGCGCGGUCGACCAAGGAACAGAAGCGAUGGUGCGCGUUCGCGAAAUGUCCCUGCUACAACUGACCAACGAGCGACUGCCGAGUAAGACAGAGAUCAUCGACCUCCUAACCGCUAUAAGAGACUCAGCAGGUGGACUAGUCCUCACUCGAGAAAUCUACGCACCGGCCAGCGCCGCAACUGGGCUUGAAGUGAAGUAUCAAGUAGCGAAUGAACGAGGUCGUUGA